UGAUUCAAACAGAUUUUUGUUAUUCCAUCGGAACUUCAUGUUUUUUGUAAUUUGUUGGGUUAAAAUUCGUGGGAAGGAUAUGAGCCGGGGCGUUCCAACGCCACCCAUUCCAUUCGCCUUCAGGUCCCCUCAUCAACAGUGGCGGCAACACGCUCACCCCUACAAAAUGUCCGUUCCUAGAACUAGAAUCCGCUAGAAGGCUCGACUCAAGCGGGAAGUGUUCGACGAAAUGCCCGAGCGGCAGCCAUGGCGCUGUGCUACCCAUCCACGCCGAGAGAGAUAACCAAAACCCUCGGCCUCUUCCUCACGGGAGUCGUCCUCUUCGCAGUCGGCGCCCAUUUCGCCUACGUCAACGUGGAGCCGAUUCGAGCCAGAACACUCGCCAGAGAUCAGAUGAUGAGGGAAUAUCUGAAGAAGAAAUACGGGAAGUAACUGUAUUUCCUCAUAAACCUAACUCCCCAUCUUAACUUCUUUCUUGUUUUCCAUUUGCUGGUGUUUCUCUUCCCGCUCCUGCGUGUAGCGUAGAGGACAUGGCGGUCGUUCCUGCUAUCACCGAAGUGGACAUGGCCUCCUUCUCUCCCGUGCAGACGGUUCGUGCAACCGUAGUGCAGGCGUCCACCAUUUUUUAUGACACCCCCGCUACCAUAGAUAAAGCUGAGAAAUUGAUUGCAGAAGCUGCUGCAUAUGGGUCUCAAAUAGUUGUAUUUCCGGAAGCAUUUAUUGGUGGCUAUCCACGGGGUUCUCGCUUUGGCGUUGCAAUUGGCAGUCGCUCUGCUAGGGGAAGGGAAGAAUAUCGGAAGUAUCAUGCUGCAGCUAUUGAUGUGCCUGGGCCUGAAGUUGACCGCCUUGCCAGCAUGGCUGGAAAAUAUAAGGUCUAUUUGGUGAUGGGAGUAAUUGAGCGAGCAGGAUACACAUUGUAUUGCACAGUUUUAUUCUUUGAUGCUCAGGGGCAAUACUUGGGAAAGCAUCGCAAACUCAUGCCUACAGCACUUGAGCGUGUUAUAUGGGGCUUUGGAGAUGGAUCAUCGAUUCCUGUCUUUGGAACUCCUGUUGGGAAGAUAGGUGCACUUAUUUGUUGGGAGAACAGAAUGCCCUUGUUGAGAACAGCAAUGUAUGCUAAAGGUAUUGAAAUAUACUGUGCUCCAACUGCGGAUGCAAGAGAUGUAUGGCAAUCAUCAAUGACCCACAUUGCACUUGAAGGUGGGUGCUUUGUUCUAUCUGCAAACCAGUUUUGCCGGCGGAAGGACUACCCCCCACCUCCAGAUUAUGUCUUUGAAGAUUCAGAUGACAAUCUAUCACCUGAUUCGAUUGUAUGUGCUGGUGGCAGUGUCAUUAUUUCCCCAUCAGGCUCUGUACUAGCUGGGCCAAAUUAUGACGGAGAGGCUCUCAUAUCUGCUGAUCUAGAUUUUGGGGAAAUCACACGCUCAAAAUUUGACUUUGAUGUUGUCGGACACUAUUCGAGGCCUGAUAUCUUGACUUUGUCUGUGAAUGAUCAUCCCUUGAAUCCAGUGUCAUUUGCAUCGACAGAUAGAAGUGAUGGCUAGCAAAAACUGUGAGACACUUUGGAAGUCAAAGUUGGAGACUUGGAGUGGGAGGCAAAACCCAAAUCUGCCGUUCUGGUUGUUUGGAUGAUCUUGCUAUGUCUGUACAUAUGUUCCAACUGGGGACUCCUGGUACUUGGAAAAAUAAACAAAUGUACAAUGUCAUUGAUGUCAGUAACAUGCUUUCUAUUUCAUUCAGACUAUCAUCACGUGCUAGUUCAUCUGUGACACUCAACUUUUGUUAAUAUUAGCUCUGAUAUCUGUUCAUUUGUUUUUUUUCA